AUGCAGCAGGUAUCCUAUGAGCGGACAUGGGCAAGCGCCGCCAAAACCAUCUGGCUGUUUACUGCGGACGACUUUACAACAUUUGUCGUUCCCGAAACGGCAUUUGGAAUCUGCGCUGCCCUGUCCGGGCCGCUUUUGACAGAGAAUGGCUCCCCAGAGUUACUCCCCGUCCUGAAACGGAUACCCACGGUGAUCCUGUGGAACUGGCUCAACCUCUUCGUAUUCAACCUCGCCAACCAGAGAUUUCCCGAGUCUGUGGCCGAGGACAAGAUCAACCGGCCCUGGCGGCCACUUCCUGCGGGUCGGAUUAGCACCACCGAGACCCGACGGCUGCUUUUGCUUGCGAUUCCGGUUGUACUCGGACUCAGUGUUUAUCUCGGAGCAUGGGAGGAGACCACGCUUCUCUACACGUUAAAUUGGUCAUACAACGACCUCGGCGGGGGCGACGACGGCUUCAUUCUACGGAAUGUGUUGCUCGCCAUCGCUUUCUCCCAAUACAACAAGGGGUCACUGCGGGUCGCAACUCAGGCCAGAUUUGAGAUCCUUCCCCAGACCUGGUGGUGGAUCAUCAUAACCAGCGCUGUCAUUGGGACAACAAUGCACAUUCAAGACAUCAAGGACCUGGAGGGCGAUCGCGCCAAGAACCGACAUACGGUUCCGAUAGUCUUGGGCGACGGGCCGGCCCGAUGGUCCGUUGCGGUUCCUGUUGCGAUUUGGUCCGUUGCGUGUCCGGCGUUCUGGGAGCUAGGCGUGGGAGGGUAUGUCCUCCCUGUGAGUGUGGGUGUAGCUAUCGCGUGGAGGACUUUAUUCCUGCGGAGGACUGCUGCCGAUAAAGCCACGUGGAAGGUGUGGACAGCUUGGACGGGGGUGAUUUGGAUGUUGCCGUUGUUCAAGGAUUAUAGUGUUUUUGUGCGAUUCUUCCAGCAGCUUGGGUGGGCUCUGUAA